GACAAAGAUUAUCAUUACAUCUUCGGACUCUUCCUUCGUAAUCCAACGACCCUCACCGUCAAACCACGCGUUCUCUGCUUCUCUUUCUCUCUCUCUCUCUCUCUCUCUCACCGAAAACUUGUGUUUCUCUUUCUGAGUAGAUUCAAUUAAUCAUGUCCAGCUCGUCGGAGUACUCUGAAUUUUCCGGCCAGAAAUCGGCCAAGUCGCCGGAGAAGUCAAGCUUCUCUCAAACUUGCAGUCUGUUGAGUCAAUACAUCAAGGAGAAGGGUAGCUUUGGAGAUCUCACCCUCGGUAUGACAUGCAACGCUGAACCAUGUGGGUCACCUGAGACUUCUUGUCAAUCUGCUACAACUAUGAACUUGUUUCCUACCAAGGAAAACAACGUUACACCAAAGAACCUGACAGCUAUGGAUUUGCUCUCUCCACAAGCUUCCUAUCGUCCUUCAGAGGAGAUUCCAACCUUGAUUAAUUCCAGUGCAAUUAAGUCUGUGAGCAAGGUUGCUAAGACUGCUCAGAUGACAAUCUUUUAUGGAGGACAAGUUGUUGUGUUUGAUGAUUUUCCUGCUGAUAAAGCAAAUGAGAUCAUGUCCUAUGCUAGAGGGAAGCCACAGAGCCAGAACAAUUCUGUUUUCACUUACACACAGAGCCAACCUUCAUUUCCUCCUAAUUUGGUCAGAACUUCUGCUGAUUCAAGUGCUCCAAUUAUUCCCACUGUGACUAUUACCAACUCCAUCCUUGAACACUCUCAACCAUCAUCCAGGCCUGUUGUUUGUGAUCCACCAAUUGCUAGAAAAGCUUCACUCCACCGGUUUCUUUUGAAGAGAAAGGAUAGAAUUGCUUCCAAAGCUCCAUAUCAAGUACCGAACGGGCCAUCAGCUGAGUCCUUGCCAUGGCUUGGGUUGAAUGCUACUUCACCUAAAAUCUGAGAGCAGCUACAGAAUAUAUAAUUUUAAGCAUAUUUUUGUUGUGAAAAUGUUAACCAGUCAGAAGUUUUUUGCCAGAACCUUUCACUAAGUUUCUGGUUAUGUUUUUUUCCUGACUAGGUAGCAUUAUUACUUUUUCUUUUUUGUAAUGUUUUACAAUGCUUUAUGGGCUUUUUGCUUUGUUUGUCAUAGUAAUUUCGGCUCUGUUGGGCUAUGUCCUAGAUCUAACUAUUUGUUAGUUGUUGCUGCUCUAAUUACAGUGAUUCAAUAUAUUCAUUGUUAUAUUAAGAUUAA